AUGAAUGAUAGCGCCGACAUCCCGUCAAUUCGCGGGGUGUUGCACCAACAUCAGCACCGAGGACCCGUUGAAACAGCAACAGCACAGUUUUACUAUGACGGCCGGUUGCGUCCUGCGCAAAUACCACGCGGCAUUGGAGAUAAGCUACAGCCUGUGCGCGUGGAUGGGAGCCAGGGCAACACGCAGAGUGGCUAUCGCGGAUUGACGUCAGGGAAUCACAUUGAUGGCGCGGAGCAAAGUAAUACUUACGAUCCGGAGACUCGAGAGUUAGGGCAAGCAGGGAUAAAGGAACCAUUGGGGAGUUUCCCGGAUUCGCGUCAAGAACUGCCGCACGGGGGCGCUUACGCUUCAUCGGACUAUAUGCGACAGGGACAAUAUGCAGGGGACCGGCAGCAGAUUAAACCAGAACAAUCGGUCUCAGAUAUGCGGGUUAACGGGUCGUCGAUGUCGCCUCUCGUCAACUCAUCCCAGGCAAUAUCAGGUCAGAAAAGAAAUGCUGUCGGUGAGAUUAAAUCUCCGUCGGCGGACAUAGCAUCGCCUGGUCACGGCGUAGAUGGCCCUGCGGGAUGCCGUUCCAGAAGCAUUAGCUCAGCCUCGCAUGAAAGCAGGAUUGCAGCGUUGUCUGUGCAACUCCGCACUCGUCUUUCGCAUGCUGCGGCUAAGGUCGAGAAGAAUCGACAGUCUCAGGAUUUGCGCAGUAAAAGUCCAUUGCGCGGUGCAAAUCCCACUCUUUCGUCAACGUCUCCUGUUGAUAACGGGAAACAAUUGGAUGUCGGGAUAGGGUUUGAUGAUCGUUCGAAUGGCACCAUAGCCUCCACUUUGAAUCGAUCUGCAACCUACAGUUUUCAUCCUCCUAAUGGCCCGCCACGAUUUCCUGAAACAUCACCAUCUUUCUCUAAGCCACACUCAAUACAGCCAACGUCGCAAUAUUCACCUAGGAAAAUACAACAAUCCCCGAAACUUGCACCGCCUGUAGAUAUCGUUUCCGGGUGGGGUAGCGGCCGGCGACGGCGCCCCAAUCCUAAUGAAUGGGCCCAACCUCCACGGAUCAGCCUGCCUUCUUGUCAUCGACGACAUCACUCACAGCUAGAACUCGGGGCAUCAAAACCAUAUUCUGGGCAUGAAUCCCACCCAAUCCCUGGAACACCUUCUCUUCGACCAUCACACGAAUAUCCAACAUCCACCCCGUAUGAUGGCUACACAAGGCCACCAACCGACUCACAGGAAUCAUCAAUGGAACAGGAUGCAAUCGAAACUCUUCUCUUCAUGUCCAGCCCAGAAAAUUCCGGCUACCGCUCUAACACGCGACAACGACAGGACACAAUAUCCAACAGUAUUGACAGCUCCAUGGGCAGCGGCUCGAGCUCUAUUAGCAACCCAAACCCUUACCUUAAUCGUCAUAUGAAUACGCAUUACAACACUGGUGCAUCUGCAUUAGAAUCGCAUGAUCAGUCCCGGCAUAGCGGCCUAGAAGCAAACGCCGGGGAUGAGAUCGAUCGCAUGCUCGACCAGAUGGGAGACAGCGAUAGCGAAGAUGAAAAGAAAUCUGCAUCUACCCAUUCGAGAAGUCAUACCGUUCCUGCGAAUCAUUCGCGAAGGUGCAAUGGCUUGUCUGGGUCAUGA